GCCAGCCAACCAGCCAAGCACACCAGCCUGGUCCAUGCCUGCAGCAACCACUUCGAGGGGCUGUCUUGGUCUUUGUUAUUGUCCAGUUUUAACCUCGACAUGAACCUUUGACCCAUCCUCGGACUUGUGGAAGACCCCCCCAGAGACUUGUUUCUGUGGGCGCCUCCCCUUCAGCAACCCUUCCCUUCUUCCCUCAAUUCCCUCGCCGUCGCUUCGCUUGCCCGCCCUGCCAGCCAUAACAACAACAACCAACACUUCGCAUCAUGACCCAGCUCAAGCCACGGGUGCGGCAAACCGCCCAGAACACACAAUACACAUACUCCCUUAAUCGACGAGUUCACGAUGUCAAGACAUACCCCGUCCCCUCACCCCAAGGAUCCACCGUCCUCCUCUACGGCCACGAGAAUGGAGUUACAGUAGUCUGGCGCGGCGGUCGCCGACUGAAGCCCGCCAAACCCCAAUCUGCGAAACCGGCCGGCGGCAGCAAAACAAACGGCGCUGGUGCUUCUGCUGACGAUGGCGUCAUGAUCAUCGAUUCAGACGACGACGACGACACUUCUGCACCAGCUGCCUUCGUUGACAAGCCGGAGUUCGAGGAGGAGAGUGUCGAAGACGCCACUGGUUACCCAGAGGUCAUCCAGUCCCUGGAUCUCGCAUUUGGCACAGACAUCCUGCAUAUUGCUGUUCCACCAAUUGCGCCUCGCUACCCGGGAGAGCAGCCAGGCGAAACUGACAUCCUCUCCGAGACGAUGGCAUUUGCGGUGACGUCUGCGAGGGGCUCAGUCUCUAUGGUCACUUUGCCCUUGACGCCGCCCUCGCACGAGGCCAUAUCAAGAGAGGACCUACGAUCCAACCUACUGGCCGGCGUCGUGGGACAGGGCAAAUGGGGCGAGACCCUUAUCCAGCUGGGCGGCCAGAACAGGAGUCCUGACGGGAUCGCCAUGACAUUGCUACCUCGUCGCGCGAGCAGUUCUGAUCGGAGCAAAUCUCCUGCUCGUCUGGGUGGCUCCGCCGCGCGUGCCAUCAUUGCUGUCCACGGCAAGGACGCCUCCGGCACGUUACGGCUUUGGGAUGUCCCUAUCAACUCUACCUCGGACGGCCCUCCCAUCGAACCGUUUCAGACCGAAUACCUACCGAGCCCCUUGUCACACGUCGCAUUCAAUCCCCUUCACUCGAGCCAACUACUUACUGUCGCAUCUCCACACGCGGUCCGCGUCUAUGACUAUUCCAUCCCUUCAAUCCCCCAGGAUGACAUUUCCGAAGGCCCUUGGCCAUCUCACGGGUCGUGGCUGCUGUCUCUAUACCCGCCUUUUGCCCGUGCAACCACUUCGCCGUGCUCGAGAAAACCCAUCGUCGGCGCCCAAUGGAUAUCACACGGCAGGGCAAUCUUGGUCCUCCUGGCGGACGGGCAGUGGGGAAUAUGGGAUGUGGAGGGCGCUGGGCCUCUUGGUAAUGACGCAGGAGGGUCAAUGUUCUCAAAACAAAACACGGGCAUUCGAGGAGCCGCUCUCACCGCUUUCUGUGCUUCAGGACACCUCGAGGGUACAAGCCCCUUGCGUAACCCCGGUUCGCAAAAAUCUUCAUUUGGGGCUAACGAUUUCAACUCGGUUGGACGCCGUGACUCCCUCGUGUCGAUGAUGAAUGGUGGACCGGAGAGACUGGCUGCCGUCAAAGGCGGAGUCGAAGUCGUGCAGCUGCCAAGCUCUAGGGGAUCGGUACACACGGAGGAGAGCGCCGUCUUGUGGAUGGGUGGAACUGAUAAUAUCGUUUGUGUCAUCCCCGUCGUCGCCAAAUUCUGGGAUGCCCAAGUCCGACGAAGUGCAGGUGGCGGCGUCAAUCUUUUCAGCGGAGCGCAGCCCUCGCGCAUGGUCCGCCUGCUGGAGCUCAAUGCUGGGUUGCUAGGUGAGCGGUGCUGUGGUGUCGCUGCGACUCCAAAACCCCAGAGGCGCCAGCCUUCCUACAACCUCGACGAUUCAGAACCCCCCGCCGAGGAGAGCACAGGCCUCCCCGUCGAGGUAGUUGUGCGCGGCGAGAGCAGACUUGUCGUGGUUCACGAUUUCCAAGAUGUCGACACAGCACCCCUCCGGUUCCCAGCCAAGAACCUGAAGCGCCUCCUCCCUGCAAAUGUAGCAGCGGAAUCGCCGACCGCCAUCAUUGUACAUCCAAAUCCUGGCCGAACUCCGAAACAUCUUCCAAGAUUCGACCUCACCAUGCGCAGCGGCCCUGGUGCUCGACCACCCUCAGCCGGCCGGUCUGCCCCUAGCUUCAACCGAUCUCAAGACAACUUCGAGCCAGAACCGAUCGAUUAUCAGCUGGAGCCCACAGAAACCCCGUCACGAGGCAACAUGGGCCUAGAAUUCAUGGAUGAGCUGGAUGCAGCUGCCGACGCGGGAUACGAGUUGGACGCGGAGGAGCGAGACAUCGAGCAAGAGGUCAUGGACCUCAUGGAGUUGGACCAGCAAUUAGAACAGAUGGAAGAUGAGAGGCUACGCGGGACAAAGCGGGUGUUCUUCGAGGAGGGUUAGAGGCUCUAUGAGACGGCACACACAGAGGCCAGCGCCAACAACACAACACAGCAGCAGGAGCAACAGCGGCAGCAGCAGCAGGGAGCAUCAAAGGGGAGACAAGACAGCCCGCCUAAGAGGGUCAGGACUGAAACUGAAAUGCAGGACAGGCAGUCUAAAUUACCAAAGGCCGAUGCUGCAGAUGACCCUGACCCUCGAUCGCCCGGGCAAAGAUACCCUGCUGUCACCGAAAAGCAGGUGUUUUUCGAGCGGUACACCGACUCGCCCGAAUUUUCGCGCGUCAGGAAUCCUGUGGUACACGUGCGAAAUAGGAGAGAGCUCGACGAUGUGAUUGAUCCAACAUCAAAACUCGCUAACUACCAAAGCCCCAUGGACCGUCGAAAGUGGGAUCCAAUGGACCUGAGACGAGCUGCAGCUUUUGGCGCGCAGAAGCGGGCAAAUGCCGACGCAACCACCAAGAAUCAACGAAAGUCCAGCACAGUGGAAGCUGAAGCCAGCAGUAACUUGAGCCUUUUUGCGGAGAAUUUGGUGGAUAUUGACGAGGACGACGAGGACGGCGAGGCGCCAGAGGAUGACACGUUUGAGUUCUUGCUGAGCUAAGACAGGAGCGAAAUACGCAAGGGCUUCAGCACCGAGGCCAUCUUGUUCCACUUGUACAGAUACGAUACCCGUGCCUGCCGUUGAAGGGCACAAGAAAUGAAAAAGACUGUUGGAUCCAAGGGCGCUGCCCCUUGUUCCCCCAUGUGUCUCAGUGAAAGCUUCCCCAUGUCUCACCACCUUCUCAUUCCCUUUUUGUCACUUUUCCGCACGGCAAGGUGGAGCACAAGGCGAGACCCUUCCUUGAUCCAGCUCUGUAUUCCGAGCGGUAUAUCAAACCAAUACCUCAAAAGGCCGGGUCGUGGCGUCCCCCUUCCCGGCAUCGAGGUAUCGACGCCCUUACCAGACGGCAGGUGGGGUGGGCUGGUGGCAAUUCCGCGAAUUUGACCAUUUGCUCUCCCGGCCUCACUGACUCUCUCCUGUCUCGCCGCGAUUUUUCAAGGUGAGAUGGAAGAGAGUGCCGGGGCUGGGUGGUGGGGGCGUCGGCACAUCUUUCCCUUCCUCCUUUUGGAAUGUUUAUUCCCACGUGAAACGCUCCCCUUUGUCAAGCAUCUCAGAAGAGCUGCCCUAUGAAGCCCGUGACAUCGCGGAACAGUCUUGCGUUGCUUGACCCCGUUGCCAUCACCAAAACUCUGACCAGCUUGUGAGCACAGCCGGCCGUAGGAUUCGCGAUGCCAAGCCAAAUCUCGUUGGUGCCCCCACCACCGUAUCACCCAGCAAUGAGCCGUUGCGCUCUGUCCCCUUGUUGUUUAUUUCCUUAGCAUGGAGUCCCCAAAAGCUAGGGCACCGAGGAAAGCGGUUAGCAGUGCCGCGCAAACACCGUUCAGUCGGUACGGUCUAGCUAUCUAGGGCGGGUCGGGCUGGCUGGUUUUAUUUUGCUGCGCUGAUGAGCCUGGACCAGUCAGGCCAGGCCAAGCCAGCGGCCAGCCGCAUGAUCGCCGUAACCAUUCCCAGAUGGGAAGCGAGAUCUUGGUCGUACCCGGGACUUCGGCACGACAUGGUUGCAACCACGAACACGACGUGGUCGGUUCUUGCGAGGGUCAGGCAGGGAAGGGCAUUACGACGCCUUGCUGCUCGCUAGUCAUCAUCGGCAUUGGAUAUUAUCGGGAUGGAGAAUUCUAUACUCCCCUAUAAGACUAAGGACUUGUAUUACCUAAAAC